AGGAGGAAGAGGAGGAGAACAGCGUAUGGGCAGCGGAGAAGCGGUGCUACAGCGGGGACCGUCGUUAAAAUACACAUCUAUAUGGUUUUUGGAAACGCCUGAUUGUAACUUGAAAGCCGGAAGAGAUGUGGGAAAACCCUCGCCCGCCAGUCCCUGCUUUUCGGGGACGCCCAGGAGAAUUUUUUCCACCCAGAGGUCCUCAUGGUUUCCGUCCAAGAUUACGAGGCCGUGGUGACAGAGGUCAUCCUCCUUUUCCCUUUCGGGGUGCACCAAGAGGUCCAUUGCCUCGAUUUGCUGGCAGAGGUGGUAGUCCUUUUGGGACCUUUCCUGAAGAUGAGCACAGGAGGAAUAUGGAGUUUUGUGAAGGAGAACUUAAUCAAAGCAUCCCAAGGAGAGAGAUGCCUCCAAUAAAUUACAGACCACGAGAGAUGUCUGAUCCUGACUACUUAGCCCAUUCAGGACCUGAUAUGGACUACAGAGAGAGAGAAGCUGCACGUUUAGAUCAGAGGGAGAGGGGCAUCCCUGAUGUGGAUUAUAGAGAGGCAGAUCAUUCAGCCGUGUACAGAGAGAGAUUUUCUCCAGCUACACAGCUCAGGGAACAAGAAGCUUUAGAAUUUAGAGAAAGAUUGGCUGUAGCAUUGGAGAUCAGGGAGAGAGAAAUGGAGAGAGAAGCAGCAGCAACUUUACAGUACGAACAGAGGCUGGCUGCGAUGUUGGAACUCAGAAAAAGAGAGGCUGCAGACAUUUUACUAAGAGAAAGAGAAUCAAGAGAAUUAUUACUUAGAGAGAGGGAUGCAGGUGAAUUACUGCUAAGGGAAAGAGAGGCUGCAGCAAUACAGCUCCGUGAAAGAGAGGCUGCUUUACUUGCUCUCAGAGAGAGAGAAGUAGCAUCCAUUGAUUAUAGAGAGAGGGGCAUCCAUGGGUUUUAUAGAGAUCAUGUAGACAUGGAUUUAAGAGCAAGAGAAUUGGAUGUCUUUAAAUUUAGAGAAACUGAAAGAGGCAUGGGUUACAGAGAGAGAGACCAGACUGAUUUUGAUAACAGGGAGAGAAUGAUUGUAGAUUACUCAGAGAGCGAGAGUGCUUCUUUAAACUACAGAGAUAAAGAAAGGGAAAAUACUGAUUAUAGUGAUCCAAAGGCUCCAUAUUUUAACUAUCAAGAUAGAGGUACUCUUAUAGUAGACUAUAACAACGAAGAGACUACUGGCUUAGAAUACAGCACACAGGAUACUUCUGCAACAUGCUCCACAGAGAGAGAAAGUAGAGCAGUAGAGUUCAUUCAGAAAAACCUUGAUGAUAUAAGCAGCAGCGAACAAAAGAUAGAUGGGAGUAAAGAUGAAAAUGUAGAACCCACACACACAGAUGUAGAAAAAGCAUACGUAAGUUACAGAGAAGGGGAAACUAAAACUUCUGAUAUAUGUCAGGGUAAGAGUAUAGGGUUCAGAAAUAGAGAGCAAAAUAUAACAGGUUUAGAUUACCAUGAAAAGGUUGACUCUGAUUAUCGUGAGAAAGAACCUGACUCUGAUUAUCGUGAGAAAGAACCUGACUCUGAUUAUCGUGAAAAAAAUACAGAUUACAGGAAGAGAAAACAAACAGAUUCAGAUUAUAGAGAAAGAAGGGGCACAGAUGCAGAUUAUCGUGGCAAGGAAAUUGCAGAUUCAGAUAAAAAGGAAAGAAAGUCUUCUACAGCUGUCGAACAGAUGAAGUCUCCAUCUUUAAAUUAUAUUAAGCCUUCUGAUACUUUAGAGGAAAAAAAUCAACUUGGGUUUGUUGAUUAUAGAGCUUCUACAGCAAAGCAAGACCAGGGAAUCCAUUUCCUACUUUCUGCAGAAUACAGUGAAAGCAAAGGAAGUACUUCAGAGAUUGUAGGAAGUGCUGGAGAGCAGCAAAUUCCAGGUUUAGAUUACCUUGAUAAUUCAGAUGCAGAUUACCGGGCAAAAGAGAGUGAAGACUCAGACUAUCGAGAUGCAAAGAAUAAGCGGCAACGUGUUGACACAGAUUACCGGGAGAGAAAGAGUUCAGAUGCAGAUUACCGGGAAAAAGAAAAUGCAGACUACAAGAAAUCAGAAAUAGCAGGAAAUAAGGAAACUAAUAGUGAUAGCCAAAUAAAGUCUCUAUCUGUACAAUUUGUCAAGCCUCUAACUCCUGGUUCGGAGGCAAAGAAAACUGUAUCUGUGUUUGCAGCUUACAGAGAGGGAGUGGCUGCAGCAAAAGUCAAAUGUGCAACAGGUAUGCCUCCCACUUCAGUCCCUCUAAACACAACUGAUCAUUCUGACAAAGUUACCUCACACUUGGCUAAAGCAUCUUACCCUGUGUCAAAACCUGGAGGUUCAUCUCAGCAUUCAAGUUGCCCUCAGUCUUUGGAUAUGGAUUUUCGGGACAGGAUAAACACUAAAAAUAUGGAGGCAAACAACAAAUUGAAAAAUGGCAUGGCUGGCCCCUCUAAGGCUGAAUCUUCUUCUGUUGUGCUAGGUUCUAGUGACCAGGACUUGCGCAAAAAAGAAAACAUUGUUCAGGACUCAAAAGGGGGUAUCUCUGACCGAGUUGUUAAAACUGGCUAUGUGCAAAAAGAUGAGGAUCUCCGGGCAGGAGAGUCUGCAACCCCUGCAGAACUCCUAAGACACGGCUCUCUCCUUUUUGACUUUCUGCAGCUGGCUGCUCAGGAACUUAAAGGAAAGCAGGCAACUGAUAUAGAUGCUGGAGGAAAUGAAAAAAGGACAAUAUUCACAAAGCACACAGGAGACCCUGAUAGAAAAGCUCAGGUAAUUCAAGGUACAACAUCUGGAAAACCUACCAUAGUACCAAACAGCCAGGCUGCAAUGGAAUUUUUAGGAAGUGAAGACACUGAUUAUAGAAAUAUGGAUUACAAGGAUACUGACUUGAGAGGUGGUUACAGCCUUGAAAAGCGAUCCCUGGAAAGAACGUUUCGUGAAGACCUUCAGCAAGGAAGUAAGGAUAAAGAUUACAGAAGAUCUUCACUUCCUGAAGGAGCCACCAGGAUUAUCUGGCUGGAAAAUUUGCCAAUGGGGGCAUCUAGAGAAGAGAUCCUGAAUGCUCUAAGUACUGUGAACAAGCUGCCAUCGCAUGGGGUGAAUCUCAUAGGAUAUAUUCCAGGUUACAGCCUCGGCUCUGUCUGCGUGGAGUUUUCCCUCGUGGAAGAGGCCGUCGGAUGCAUGGAAGCCUGCAAGGGUUUUCUUCUCUUUAGGGGCAAGAAAGUUUCACUAAAGUACAUUCCAAACUCUGAGAAGUGGAGCUGCCAGCAGUGCAAAGUGGUCAAUGUUCUAUCAAAAGAGAGGUGCUGGCAGUGCAGUGCCUUGAGGUCUGGAUCAGACCAUCUUCCUGAUAGAGACUUGACCAAGGAUUCAAAAAAUGCAUCUUCUAGUAAGUUACAGCGUGGCAGGAAGCGCAAAUCCAAGCAGCGUGCUACAUCAAGCAGUCCAGACAAGUGGAAGGAAAAGACCCCUCCAAGUGAAAGAAGUCCCAUGGCCAUUAGACGACAAACCAAGGAAGGAAAGCUGAAAGCAGAAGCCGAGAGCACAACUAUCAUUAUGAAAGGAAUAUCCCUAAGCAGCCGUCCUGAUAGUGUGGUGAAAGCUCUUAAGCCUUACCUGCAACUGUCGCCUAGUAAUGUACGAAUUAUCAAAAACAGGAAGCAUGAUCACGGAGGUGGGACGUUUGGCUUCAUAGAUCUCAAAAGCCACAAGGAAGCAGUUCGCCUCAUUGUUCUAAUCCGUGAGCUGAAGCCUCCCCUCACAGUGGAUGGCAAGCCAGUCACCGUUAGCCUAGCAGUUGGACAGAGAAGGACAGAUCCUUUAAAAAAUGAGCAGGGAAAAUUUAAUAAAGCCAAUAAAAAGAAUCUUUCUGGGCAGGCUAAGAGACGCCAGCGCAGAGCCAUGUCUCAUACUGUAGCUGACUCCAGAGCUGAUAGUGAUGGGCCUAGCUAUAUAUAUGAUGCAGAAUCAGGCCUCUACAUCGACCCAUUGACAAAUACAUAUUAUGACCCCACAUCACCGAGAGUGAAUCCAAAGGCAGAAGGUGAAACUCCUCGCAGGGAGGAGGGACAGAGAGAGACAUCUGAGACCAGAGAACAGAGACGAGCACAUGGUAGAUACCGCAGCCCAUCCCCGCAAAGGCGUAAAAGGGAUGAGUAUUCUUGGAGAUCAGGUAGUGAAGAAAAGGAAAGUGUUCCCCGAACUCGGAGAGGCUUCAGAGAAGAAGAGGACAAACCCCGAGUUGACGAGCCUUUUAAGAAGCCGCUACCUCCCUCUAUAGCAAAGAAGGAACCUCCUGCUUCUGAGCCAAAAGUAAACCCUCUGAUUGGGCUAAUUGGUGAAUACGGUGGUGACAGUGAGGAGGAAGAUGAUGAACAGUUACCUCUGUUACGAAAAAAGACACCACCCCAGCCACCUACCCAGCCACCUCCACCAGCGCCAGUGUCCCAAUCUAAGCCCUCAUCAGCUCCCCCCAGCACCUCAAUUAACAGUGUACAAGAGAAGCUUACAGACUGGACAAAAAUUGCGUGCUUACUCUGCCGCAGGCAAUUCCCCAACAAGGAGGCCCUAAUUAAGCACCAGCAGCUAUCAGACCUCCAUAAGCAAAAUCUGGCGAUUCACCAGAAGAUCAGACAGUCUGAGAAGGAAUUGGCAUACCUUCAGCAGAAGGAGAGAGAGGAAAAUCAUUCCAUACAGAGGAGAUUGCAGCAGGCAAAAAAAGAGUUGGAGGAACUGGAAAGAGAGGAGGAGGGCAGCCGGCAGGAUAAGAGUGGUCAUCACAAACUUAAUGAAAGCCCUCCUGAAAAAAAGAGACAAAAAUACUCCAGCAGAUUUCUCUAAUAAAAUUCUGCAACGUGGUAUGACAGCAUCCAUUAAGUAGUGAAGUUUCUGCAGACCUGCAUCACAAGAGUGAUAAAUCCAGCGCCAAGGUGGUGCCAACAGGGGAGUCCUACAGAGAAAACAUGAGGAAGCUCAUCUUGGCACGGUACAAGGAGCUGGAAUGAAGACCCUGCCUGUUCCCACAGCCCACCUCCAUUUUCCUUUGUGUUUAUCUGUAAUGGCUUUUUUUCUGCUGCUAUUUUUUUUAAUAAAAAAUGUAAAUAUUAA